GGCGAGGUCUGGACCGAGCCCGUUCCGGUCCAACGCCUCUCUCCCGAGUCCUCCACGGAGCAGGGGGGCAGAGCCGAGCCGAGCCGCGGCAGGAGCCAUCGGGGAUUAGGGGCGAGGGACCCGCGGCCGCUUUCUUCCGUGUUCCGGCUUCCUGCCGCCAGCCGCGGCGGCGCGGGGCAGGGAUGCGGCCGGGCGCCGGCGGCGGGGCCGCUGCGGGGCUGGGGAUGGCCCCGCACGUCUAGGAGGGCUCCGAGCUGGCGAUGAAGGUGUUGGCCUGACACCGAGGGCCGUCCUGUUGAUGAGAGGGAGCCCCCAGCCAUGGGCAGCCACGAGAAGGAGCCGGCCUCCCCCCGGAGGGCACCGGCGCCGUCCAGGUCCAACAGCAUCGUGUCUUCCAAGCACAGCAGCGCCCACCAGGGCUCCGAGUGCUGGGAGGUGGUGGACGAGCCCCGGGGCAGGAUCGGGCCCGGCCAGGAGCUGGAGCGGCACGAGGGCUACCUGCUGAAGAAGAGGAAGUGGCCCCUGAAGGGCUGGCACAAGAGAUACUUCGUGCUGGAGGAGGGGAUCCUGAAAUACGCCACAACGCGCCAGGAUGUCCUCAAGGGCAAGCUGCACGGCUCCAUCGACGUCUGUCUGUCCGUCAUGUCCAUCAACAGGAAAGCGCAGCGCGUGGACCUGGACACGGAGGAGAACAUUUACCACCUCAAGAUCAAAUCCCAAGAGCUCUUUGACAGCUGGGUGGACAAGCUGUGUUCCCACCGCCGGGCGGAGAAGCCCAAGUGCCCUGCGCCCACGGGGGCCCCGGCCGGGCGAGUCCUGCCCCCCGCCCAGGGCUAUGGCUCCUGGAACCGCGUCCUGCCGUUGGAUGGCGCCCCAGCCCUGUCCGCGCUGAGCAGCCCCCGGGACAAGGUGAACGCCUGGCUGAAGGACAGCGAGGGGCUGGAUCAGUGCUCGGCAGAGCUCUCCGAGUGCCAGGGGAAGCUGCAGGAGCUGAACAAGAUGCUCCAGACCCUGGAGACCCUGCACCGCAUCCCGUCCGCGCCCCUCAUCUCCAACAGCCAGACCUCAGCAGCUGCAGAGAGACCCAAAAAGGGGAAGCGAACCACCAGGAUCUGGUGCACCCAGAGCUUUGCCAAAGACGACACCAUCGGCAGGGUGGGCCGCCUGCACGGCUCCGUCCCCAACCUCUCGCGCUACCUGGAGUCAAGCCAGAGCCAGCCAGCCUUCAGCCUCCCCCCGGAGUACAGCCAGCUGCCGCGGAGCUUCUGGAUCCUGGCCCAGAAAGUGCACGGGUCCCUCAGCAGCGUGCUGGCCGUGCUGACCGUGGAGAGGAAUCGCCUCCAGGAGAUGCGGCGGGCGCUGGAUUUGCAACGCCGGGCGGGCAGCGCCAGGAACGCAGCCGUGGCUGGGGCUCCCUCGCAGAACCCGGACCAUGUGGAGUAUCUGCAGCGUUUCCACUCCCUCUCCAUCUCCUCCGACGCCACGCUGGACUCGUUCACCUCGCUCCACCCAGACGAGCCUGGGGCCCACCUGGCCAAGGGGCGGGAGCAGCAGCUGUCCAACCGCAGCAUCGUCUCGCUCUCCGACUCGCACACCGAGUUCUUCGACGCCUGCGAGGUCUUCCUGUCCGCCAGCUCCUCCGAGAACGAGGCCUCGGACGACGAGUCCUGCCUCAGCGAGGCCACCAACAGCCUCUCCGAUGAGGCUGGGGGGGACGGGCGCCUCCAGAGAGCAGGCCGAGGCGGGGCGGACGGCGGGCCGGCCCCCUGCGCGUCCGAGACGGGCGGGGGGGCGCUGCCGGCUCCCCCGCCCCUGCCCGUGCUGGUGCCCGCGCGGCUCCCGCGCCGGAGCUGCCUGCCGGCCCCCAGCGUCCCCGCCGGCGACAUCAGCCUGUGGAACAUCCUGCGCAACAACGUGGGCAAGGACCUGUCCAAGGUGUCCAUGCCGGUGCAGCUCAACGAGCCGCUCAACACCCUGCAGCGGCUCUGCGAGGAGCUGGAGUACAGCGGCCUGCUGGACGCCGCCAGCCGCUGCGCCGACCCCUGCGAGCGCCUGGUCUGCGUCGCUGCCUUUGCUGUCUCUGCCUACGCCUCCACCUAUUACCGUGCGGGCAGCAAACCCUUUAACCCCGUCCUGGGUGAGACGUAUGAGUGCGUUCGGCCGGACAAAGGCUUCCGCUUCAUCAGCGAGCAGGUUUGCCACCACCCGCCCAUCUCCGCCUGUCACGCAGAGUCAGACAACUUCAUCUUCUGGCAAGACAUGAAGUGGAAAAAUAAAUUCUGGGGCAAGUCCCUGGAGAUCAUCCCCGUGGGGACCGUCAAUGUCAAGCUGCCCAGGUUCGGGGACCACUUCGAGUGGAACAAGGUGACGUCCUGUAUCCACAACAUCCUGAGCGGCCAGCGCUGGAUCGAGCACUACGGCGAGGUCCUGAUCCGCAACACCAGGGACAGCACCUGCCACUGCAAGAUCACCUUCGGCAAGGCCCGCUACUGGGGCUCCAGCGUCAACGAGGUGCAGGGAGUGGUCCUGAGCCGCGGGGGGCAGGUGAUCCACCGGCUCUUCGGCAAGUGGCACGAGGGGCUGUACCGCGGCGCGCCCCCGGCUGGCCAGUGCCUCUGGAAACCCAACCCCAUGCCCCGAGAGCACGAGAAGAACUACGGCUUCACGCAGUUCGCCCUGGAGCUGAACGAGCUGACGCCGGAGCUCAAACGCUUCCUGCCCUCCACGGACACGCGGCUGCGCCCCGACCAGCGGUACCUGGAGGAGGGCAACGUGCAGGCGGCAGAGUCCCAGAAGCGCCGGAUCGAGCAGCUGCAGAGAGACCGGCGCAGGGUGAUGGAGGAGAACAGCAUCUCCCACCAGGCCCGCUUCUUCAGGCGGCAGACGGACCCCGGCGGCAAGGAGUCCUGGGCCAGCAACGACACCUACUGGAAGCUGCGGACGGAGCCCGGCUACGCCAGCCUGGACAGAGCCGUGCUGUGGUAGCUGCGGGCGUCCCGGGGGCCACCCUGCCCAGCGCUCUGUGCCCCUGCCUCCCAAGCACAGAUGGAUUAGUGGGCAGGGGCUGGGCCCCCCCCGCGCUGGACAAGUACAAGGAGGGCAGGGCACUGGAUCCCGGCUGCCCCCUCUGGGGUCCGCUGGGACAUUCGCCCGGGUGCCUCGGCAGUGCCCCCCAGUGGACAGGGUGAAGGUGCCGCGUGUGAAAGGUGUCCUGGCCCUUCCCGGGUCCGCCCAGCUCCCAGCCCAGCCCCGUCGCUGCUGUCUGCUGGCCGGACAGCCCGCACCCCGCCGGCACCUCAUGGACCGUGGGGGGUGCCAACCCGAUGCACUUAGUUCUGCCUUCCCUCCCCACGGGGGGCACCACAAUGUGGGGGCGGGGGGGGGGAAGCUUUUAUUUUUCAAAUUCUUUGUAUUAAUUUAAACAAACCUGUACACAGAGGGGCCUGAAUUGGGAUCCCAGCUCAGCCCCGGGGCGGGGUGAACAGCGGCAGAUGGGAGGGUCUGCACGGGAGAUGGGAGAAUCCCUGAGAGGAACUGAGCUGGCUGUGUUACCUAAUGGUUGGCCUCAGGACUCCUGGGUUCCAUUCCCAGCUCCAGGAUGGGAGUGGAGUCUAGUGGUUAGAGCAGAGGAGCUUUGGGAGCCAGGACUCCCGGGUUCAGUUCCUGGCUCGCCCAGGGCCUGUACGGAUGGGUGAGGGGUGUCCCCAGCUGGGAGCGAGGCGGGAUGCGGGUGUUAAUGACUGACUGUCUGUAGAGCCCUCGGAGCCCCCUCUAUUCCGGGGAUGGCGUGUUCGCCUCAGGGGAGCUGGGAGUUGUUCCCCUUGGGGCCCCCAAAUCUGCUCAGGGCCUGAGCCAGCCCUUUUCUCUCCCUUUUUUGGGGGGCCAGGGGAUGCAGGGUCAGAAAGCACCCCGUGGGCACCAAUGCUUGCGGGGAGGCGGUCCUGGGCUGGAGCGCUCCGGUCAGUUACCCGCAGGGGGCACCGUGGAGCGCCACCUUCCUACACCCUCACCCGCCAGCAUGGGGGGCAGGGAUCCCCCGCGUGGCUUGGGGUCGGCCUGCAGGCGGGCAGACCCCGCCCCCUCCCUCCAGGCCCGGUCGCGCUGGGUUUGGCCUUUUGUUGGAUCAAACCUUCCACGCCUCUAAUAAAGGAUCCCGAAGAGCCUGAAUGCAGUGUCUCCUUCACCAUCACUCCCCCACCUUUCCUCUCUCCCCCCUCCCAACCUGUUGGGGGAGGGUCUUCCUCUCUGCAAACCAGGUCCCCUCCAGCCCACCCAUGGGCUUCUUUCCUUCCUGCACCACAGUGGUUUCAGACACUCCUUAUCUGGGGCAGGAGGCUUCAUUCAGUCAUGUGGCCUAGGGGUUAGAGCCGACAGCCCGGACUCCUGGGUUCUGGUCCCAGCUGUGCGAGGAGAGUGGGGGCCAGGGGUUAGUUGUGGGCGGGGGUGGUUGUCAAAGUGAGGUCUCCUGGGUUCUGUUCCCCAUUUUGCCUCUGGAUGCAAGUCACUUGUCUCUGCCUCAGUUUCCUCACCAGGCUGGCUAGAGCUAAUUCACUGGUGUAACGUGCUUGGAAAGCCCCAUCUGGAAGGUGCUGGAGCCAGGUCGGGCUCCUGGUGCAUGCCCAGCAGGGGAUGGCGUGUUGCACGGCCCCCCGUCAGUGAAUGAGCACAAGGGCUUGGGGAGCGGCGAGCUGCUGCAACCCCGAGUAUGGGGCCAGGCCUGAUGACCAGCUUGGUGCUGUGUGGGGUGUGGCCACCCCCGAAGGUGGCUGCCUGCAACCGCAAUGGAGCCCAUCUGUCCUGGGAGGGGGUGCAGGCUCCCUGCCUGGCUAGGUGCCCCCAAAGCGCUGGGCUCUCUCCCCAUCCUGCCGUCACAUCCCUCGAGUCACCGCCCGCCGGCUCUCGCUCACCGGCGCAUCGCACGCUUGCACCCGCAGGCCCUGAACAGCCAGCCCCACCCACAGGUGCUCAGGCAUUGACACACACACCCACCCCCACACCCCCCCCCAGCCUGCUCAGUGCAUCCCUAGGCAUCCAUGUGCCCAUCUCAAGCACGGCUGGGGUUGCACAUGGUCACAGCCAGCCAGGCAGUUGCACCCCCCCCCCUUGCACACACACACACAGAGAUGGCUGUGUGUGUCGCUCUCUCACAUGCUCCCUGCACAUCAGCUGCACGGUGAACUACAUGCACACGCGUGUGCAUGCACACACGCACACAGAGCCUCUGUAUGCAGUCAAGUACUCAGCAGACUUACGGCUGGCGUGGCACCUGGUCCCAUCCAGCCAGGUGCACCCCCCGGCCUCUGUACACGGGCCCCCUCCUGAGUGCAAGGUGUGUCUGUGUCCCUGCUGCGUGCGCACGCACACACACGCACACACACACACACACACACACACACACACACAGAGUGUGCGGUAGCCACAGCUUUACAGUUUAUUUAAAGAAAUUCUUAAGCCAAAAAAAAACCCACGGAGAACCUGUACAUGUUUCAAUAAAUAUGUUCAAAAGUAAAGAUUUUUUUCUUAAAAAACAAACAAACCACCCCCCUACCACACCACACCCCCCCCCCGCCCGCUUCCCCCCCAGCACAGACCCGCACAUUUCGCCACCCACGCUUGGCAGAGUGUAAACAGGUUAGGCAAGCAAGGCAGGGCUGGUGCUGGCCCAUGCCCGCAAUGGGGGGCAGCCCGGAGCGGCAGGCUGUGCCCGCUUCUAACAGGCUGGCACCUUCCUCUGAUUGUCUGGCUGAAUAAAUCCACCUCCAGUGUGCCCAGGCUAGAGGCUUCAAAUAGUGCCCGUCCAGGGGCAUGCCCCAACCGGGGGGGGGGGGGGGGGGGGG